AUGGUUAGAAUGCCUAAUAUUCAAAGGAGGCUUCGUCGAGCAAGAGUUCUUCUAGUGCUUGACGAUAUAGACACUCCCAGUCAUUUGCAAUAUCUUAUUGAAGAAAAUCUUUCAUUGGGACCAAAAAGCAAAGUCAUCAUUACAAGUAGAGACAAACAUGUUCUUAUUAGUAGAGGAGUUCAUAAAGUACAUGAGGUGAAAGAAUUAAACAAUGAAGAGUCGCUUCAACUUUUUUGUCGGCAGGCUUUCAAGCAAGGCUAUCCUAAACAAGGAUAUGAAAAGUUAUCGGUACAGGCAAUUGAAUAUGCAAAAGGACUUCCUCUGGCAUUAAAAGUUCUGGGUUCAUUUUUGAACUCCAGGAAUAUAAAAGUAUGGGAGAGUGCCCUUAGAAAAUUGAGAAAGUAUCCAAAUAGAGAAAUUCAAACAGUAUUGAGAGUGAGCUAUGAUGGACUUGAGACACCAGAAAAGGGGAUAUUUUUAAAUAUUGCAUUCUUCUUCAGGGGAGAAAAGAAAGAAGAUAUUAUGAGGGUGCUAGAUGCUUGUAACGAUGGCCUCUACGUAGAUAUUGGAAUAGAUAGGCUUCUAGAUACAGCACUCAUAACUAUUUCAAGUGACAAUAGAGUAGAAAUUCAUGAUGUGCUACAAGAAAUGGCUGAAGAAAUAGUUCGUGAGGAAUCUAGAGAGCACCCUGAAUGUCGAAGUCGAUUAAAUGAUGCAAAAGAAGUUCAAGAUAUACUUGAAAAUAACAAGGGAACUGAUAUAAUUGAAGGCAUUGCGUUGAACACACAUGAGUUAAAAAGUGACAUACCCUUGAGUGCUGAUGCUUUUAGAAGAAUGAAAUCACUUCCUAAUAAACUAAGAUAUUUUUGUUGGAGGCACUAUCCUUUGAAGACUCUGUCACUUGGUUUUUGUGCGGACAAACUUGCUGAAAUCCAAAUGUAUGAUAGCAAUAUUGUAAAACUAUCGGAUGGUGUGCAGGAUAUUAUGAAUUUGAAGAUAAUAAAUCUUGCCCAUUCGUGGAUGUUACAGGAGUUGCCUGAUUUCUCCAUGGCACAAAAUCUUGAAAUAAUGGACCUCAGCUAUUGUCAAAGUUUAUGUAGUAUUCAUCCAUCAAUCUUGUCUCUUCCUAAACUUGUUUCUUUGAAUCUAAAAGGGUGCAUCAAACUAAAGAGUCUUCACUCGGAUAACCAUUUGAAAUCUCUCAAGGAACUCAAGCUGACGCGCUGCUAUACUUUGGAGGAGUUUUUGUUGUCAUCAGAAGAAAUGAGAAGUUUACAUUUGAAUGGUACAAGUAUCAAAACAUUAAACUUGCCAGUUGGAUGGUUCAAUAAACUUGAAGAGCUAUAUCUCAGUGGGCCUCUUAGGAGUUUUCAAGUAAAUGAGCUAAGUUGUUUGACAUCACUUAAAAUAUUCUCUCUUUAUUGUUUUGAAGGAGUAAUAGACAAAUCAAAAUUACUCAUUCUAUUUGAUGCCUGGUGUUCCUUAGAAGAAUUGCAUGUAAAAUACUGUGAGGUUUCUGAGAUCCCUGACAAUAUCAGUGCCAUGUCAUUGUUGAAGAUUCUAUCACUAGAAGGAAGCAGCGUGAAGAGUUUGCCAAAUAGCAUCAAGCAUCUUUCAGAGCUCAGAAAAAUUGAUUUGAGUGGAUGCAAGAGGCUUAGGUCCUUACCAGAACUUCCAUCUUCCCUUAUUUAUUGUUACCUCACUGACUGCCCAUCACUGGAGAGCUUUGGUUUUCCACUAAUGCGAGCAAUACAUAACUCUAGUGAGCUUAGAGUUUGUUAUCCUGGAAGCACAAUUCGAGGAGGGGGCUUCAAAUAUUCUCAGACCGCUAAGAGUUCCAUUAGUAUUGAGCUUGCACCAGCUUCUUCUGACUAUUUAUUGGGUUUCGCUUCUUGUUGUAUUAUUUCCGCAUUGGGUUGGCCACGAGUUGAUAGAAAAUUCCACUUUGAUGAUGAAAAGAUCUAUUACAGGGGUGAUGACAAACCCAGUUUCUUUGGGAAUCUGAGUACAGAUCAUGUUUUGUUAUGGUAUGAUCCAGUGGAUCGCAUGUUGAAGGAAAACCGAAGAAGGCAAUUUGAUGAGGGCGCCACUUGCAAAAUGGAUUUUACUGUUGGACUUGCUAUAUUCUUAACAUCCCCCGUCAAACUGGGCCUGGGUGAGGGAAGAAGGCCUAGUUUGUCUCUGAAGGCCCAGAACCGAGAAUAG